AAAUAAUGAUGAAAAAAAAAAAAGAUAACUAACUUUUUUUCUUUCUUUUCAAAAGCUGCUUUAUUGUAUUUACACUUGCAUUAUUUAAGUACACAUCAUAGGACACUCUGUUUUCCCAAGUUGCGAAACCAGAAACAGAACUCCAUGGACGAGUCAUGGCGUAUGCGGAUGGGAAUGCCAGCGCUCCCACGUCGGAAAUCCACGGAGAGCAACACUUCAAUGGGUCCCAUGAAGGCCUCUCUCUUUUUUGGCGGUUGUGCUGCCGAGACACUGGGCGCCGAUGACUUCUCCGACGUCUUUGGUGGGCCGCCAAGGAGCGUGCUGUCCCGGAAUUUCUCAGGAGACUUCACGCGGUCCGCAACGUUCUAUGAGGAGGUUUUCCGCCCGCCAGAGUUUAUCACUCCCGCCUCGAAGGGUGGCAAGAGCUUGCCGGCCUUCAGAAUUCCGGCUAAGAACGAGGGGUUUUACAGUGACAUUUUUGGGUCGGAUGAUGACGUCCGCAGAUCGCGGGAUAGGUCAAGGUCCAACUCCAAGGCCAAGUCAAAGUCAAAUUCUUCAUCAGUGCUGAGUUCGGAGGAGCUGAGCCCUCUCCGGCCACCGGUCGGAGAUGAUGCGGCGCUGUCCUCCUUUGCUUCAAAGCUCAGGCCAAUCAAUGUCCCCUGUAGAUGGAACUCCAAUGAACAACAACAAAGGAAACAGGGGACUAUACCGGCCUUCCCCUGCAACCAGUUCACGGAAAAUGAGUACGACAACAAUUUCAGAAGCUCCUAUUACGAAUUCUCGCGACACGCCUGCUCACCUGAAUCUAUUAGGUUAGAACCCAAUUCAUAUGGAAACAUCAAGUUAUCCAGGGAUGAUUUUGAACUCAAUUCUCUAGCAUCUCCUGUCGUCUCCCCUGCCUCUUCACUCUGUGAAGAACCAGAGACAAGACCCGGAACAAUGGAAGAAGAGGAGGCAGAACAGGAGGAAGAUGAAGUCAUGAGUUCUUAUGUGAUCGAGAUGAAUUCUGAGUACAGAGAAGGGACUAAUGAAGCCGUUUCUAUUGCUGAAGCCAUUGCAUGGGCAAAGGAGAAGUAUCAGACACAAAUUUCCCCAAGGCAACAUGAAGAACAACACUCUGUUGAAGCAGAAGGAAAGUCAAGUGCUGUGGGAGAUCAAUCAUUGGACCAAACUAAUGGAAACGUGACAGGGAAAUUUCCAUUGUUGCUCAGAAACUCUUUUCCAAACCAAAGAAAUUGAGCUCGAUUUAACCUUCAAACACAUGCAAAUGCAACCCGAAAUCGGGCAUUUCAUCUUCAGACUUCAAUCACAAUAUUACUAUUUCCAUUUGCAUUUUUUUAUUUCAUCAUUCUGUUUCUUAAGGUAAAGUAAAAUCUUAGGCUGCAAGGUAAUAUAAUGAAAAAUAUUGAAUCAUUUUUGUUUCUUUGCAGGAGGCAGAACAGAAAAAAAGGAGAUCAGAAGAAGACUAGAACCGAUCAAAAGAACGGGUAAUUCUCUUUUGUCAAUGAAAUUAACACGUGAGUGCCCAAUAAACUCGUGGGGAAAAAUGUCCCAUUGAGGAUAGGCCGAUAGUUUGAGCUUGAGAUUUCCAAGUUAGAGGUCUUAAAUUAGGGAUCUUUUUCAUGUUUGUGACAUGAUUUUGAU